AUGCAGCACCGACCCGGCGGGCCUGGCAAUUGCUUGGCAUUAAAAAUUCUCCCGGAGGGCUCCGGGGGUGUGGAUUGGGGAGGGGGAGCCUAGGCGUCUAACUGCCCCCGCCUUGACUGCGUCUGUGCAGCUGAGAGCGAGGCCGGCGCCAAGCAAAGCCCGGCGGAGGGCUUGUUCGACUGUAAUCUCCGAAGCGGGCUAGACCCGGGGUGCAAGGGGACAGGACGCGCCCAUUUAGGAACCAGACUGCAGGAUGUUUCUAGUUUCCAAUGGAAAGGAGGAAAGCCCCCCCUCCCCCUUGUUCGAAAAUAA